AUGGGACACAAAGCCAAGUACUUUACUUUAGCAGACAAACUGGCAGCACAAUGUCAACAGCAGGCAUCAUACACUCGGACAGAACGAGUGAAAAUGGCUCAACAAGCUCAGAACACUCAUGCAUAUGCCAAGCGCCAUGCACCCAAGAACAAGCCACAGCCUCUUGAAACAACUCUGCUCACAUUUGCAACUCUCGCUCUACUGAAUUCCUAUCUAUUUCACCAAUCCCUCACUGGUUUGGACUUGAUCAACAAGUCUGACCUCUCACAGUGGGACAAGCCCCCUCCCUACAAAUAUGCACCUCCACCACAGACACCAGAUGAAGAGUGA